GCUAGCUCCCAAUCAGGCCCCCAACUCCUGGACUCGAAGUGCCAGAGUGGGAAAUCAGCCUUGACAGGUCCCUUCCGUGGUGCUGUGCUGUUAUCUGGGACUUCCCAGCCUAGGAGGGGAGCAACUCUCGGCAUCAUACAUUGGUCUAUGGCAGAGGGAGACCCAUCCAAGCGCUGGGAGCUGGAGAGACAGGAUGUCAAGCGGGCUGAAGCCCGGCUCAGCCAUGGGCUGCAGGACUUAGAGGAAGCACGACUCUACCAAAUGAAUUCAAUGAUCAAAGAGCAGAGGCAGAUCCAGAAGGAGCUACAGAGACUGCAGCAAGGCAAUUCCCGGAAGAAGGCCCAUGCAACUCUAGGGGACCUCUCCCAGGAGGUUGGUAAAAGGCCAGUUCUGCCCAUGCUCCCCACUUCGUCAGGGCAGCAGCACGGCAAGAGACGAGCGGAGCAACUGAGAGCACCAAGAAGUACUUUGCCCAAGGUGGAAGGUCCCACACAGGCAGCCCAAUCACCCUUGCAGCAUCAGAUAUGCGACCAUGACAUCCUGGAUGAUGAGGGGCAGGAGUCCUGUGGAAGGCAUGGGUCAACUUCAACAUGCACCCAGGCCAAAGCUGCAAGCUCCAUCACAGACAUCAGCCUGUCAGACCUCAGGCAUUCCAUCGCUAGGGGGCUGAGCACCUCUGCCAAUCCAGCAGAGCAGGAAGAAACCAACAGCCAAGGAGUGCUGGGUACAGGCCACACAGUGCUGCCCUGUGAACAGGCAGAGGCCAGCGAUGUGGAUGGCAGUGACACCAUGCCCAAGCCCACUAGCUGCACAGAGAGAAGGAAGCCUUCCCUUGGCCACGAGAAGCUAAACUCUGAUACAGAUCCCUAUGUCCCUGACAGGAGCCACCCCAGACCUAUGCACAGCAGGCCUGGGUUUCUGGAGUUGUAUGCUGAAGCCAGGAAGGCCCGGUAUAUCCGGCACAAGGGCAUUCCAGCCUCAGAGAAGGAACUCAGCCUGCAAGAGAUCUUUGGGCAUGAAAACAGCUUAGACCCCAGCCCCCCAGCAGCAGAACAGGAGCACCACAGCCCUGAAUGAUGGCUCCUUCCCCUAAGGGAGGCUUGUUAGGGUCAACCACAGGAAAAGGUGGUCUGCCCUGCUGUCUGGAACAGCCAGCUAGCCGGGGUUACAGAUUCAUAGAUUGUAAAUGUUAGGGGGCUUAU